AUGCGUGAAAUUUUGGUCGUUCAAACGGGGCAGUGUGGAAACCAAAUAGGGGCAGAGUUCUGGAGAACCAUCUUGGGCGAGCAUAGCACAUAUGGAAAGGACUAUAGCGAUUCUAUGUCAACUUUCUUCCGGAAUGUGGACGCACGAGGCAGGGACUUAGGCCUCUAUUCCCCCAUAACCAAGCUUAAAGCUCGUGCUGUGCUCAUCGAUAUGGAAGAAGGCGUACUCAACAGUCUGCUGACAAGCGAUAUUAAUUCCAUCUUUGAUGAGACUCUUUUGGUUAAAGAUCGGGUUGGUACCGGGGCAGGGAACAAUUUUGGCGCAGGGUACGCAGGAUAUGGCGAGGAGCAUGGUCAGCGUGCCCUGAACAUAAUCCAACAUGCCCUUGAAAGUUGUGACUCACCACAGGGCUUCCUUUUCUUUUCGUCUCUCGGAGGUGGCACAGGGUCUGGGCUAGGAAGCAAAUUGCUAGAGCUUACAGCAGAUGCCUUUCACGGGCUCUCCAUUCUUUCUGCGCCCAUUAUCCCAAGUAGAAACGCGAACGAUGUCAUAACAUCGCCAUACAACAGUGUAUUUGCUCUGUCUUCCCUCUUGCAGUCUGCAGAUGUCAUACUACCCUUUGACAACGAGUCCAUUAUGCGUUGUGUGGAGAACCUCGGAAAUAAGCGGGUAAACCCGGACAAGACUGUCCGGGUCAAUGCAAAAAGACUUGCAAAUGACCCCCUUGUAGGCCAAGGGGACAUUGGAAAUAAGCACAGACCAUUCAGAGACGUCAACCAGACAAUUACUACCGCACUGAGCUGCAUUACAGCAAGCAUGCGUUUUGGAGGAGAGCUGAACGUCGACCUGAACGAGCUAUCCGUCAACCUGGUUCCGUUCCCAGAACUGAACCUAGUUUGUACGAGUCUGGCUCCCCUGCCAAUGGCCCCUCCGUAUCGUACGCUUGAGGCUGCUGUCAGGGAGCUCUUGAAUAACAAUAACCAGCUUCUCAUGGAAUACAGUGCAGGACCUAUUGGGGCCCACAAUUUCUCCUUGGCGUCUGCGAUCCUGGGAAGGUCGGCCAACGCUGAUAGCGGGCGUCUAGCAUCAGCAGUGGAGGCACUCAUUCAAAAGGAGCAUGUCAAGCAUCCGAGCUGGGGCUCGCAGGGGUUCAAGGUUGGGCUGUGCAAUAACAAGCCUCCGCAUGCUGACUGUGACGCUGUUUGUCUCAGAAACACUCCUCAGAUUCUAGGAAGCAUUACGCAUCUCAAGCAAGCCUUCGAUAAGAUGUACAAGACGCGCACUUUCUUGCAUCACUACACCAAUUAUAUGAGUCCGGAGGACAUUGAGGAACGGAGCAGAAUAGUUGAUCUGGUCAGACAUGGCUAUGAGGACCUUGCAAAGAGCAUGGGGGAGCGGCACGUAGUCGAUUUUAACAUCCAGCCGGUGAUUUAUUAA